ACGUGUUCAUUCAUCAAGCUGUGAUGGAAGCUUUGACCUGUGGAACUACAGAGGUCGCUUCCCAAGACUUACGGAUUAGAAUGAACAAACUUCCCAGGGUCCUUUCAGCUGCUAAACACACUGGUUAUGCAGAAGAGUUCAAGCGUUUGGAGAUCGUCAGCGGCUGCCAGAGCUCAGGAGGAGAAUUUACGGAAGGGUUUAAACCCUCAAACCUCAACAAGAACAGGUUUUCCAAUAUAGUACCAAUGGACACUGCACGGGUCAUGCUGAGGAGCUCAGAGCCGAAUGAGGAUUACAUCAACGCCUCUUUUGUCGACGACUAUAGUCGACGUAAUGCAUAUAUUUUGACUCAAGCCCCGUUAAACAAUACUGUUGACGACUUCUGGAGGAUGAUAUCACAGUAUGAUAUCGGCACAGUUGUGAUGUUAAACAGUUUGAAAGAAGAAAAAGAGAGUUAUCCACAAUAUUGGCCAAGUGAAGGGUCUGCCUAGUAUGGAGACAUCACUUUACAGCUUCUGUCAAAAAAGACUGCUAAGAACAUAACGACGAGCAAGUUAAGCGUUACAAAUGCGA